UUAACACCUGACAAUCCUAAUUAUGUGUGUGGAACACAAAUCAACAGCUGGUCAGUAACAGAUCACGUCUUGUUGCAUCACAAUCCGCAGGCAUUGUUAUUGAAUCAAAAGAGAGGCCAGAAGCAACUACAACUCCUACAAUGUGGUCUACUUAUUUUAUAUUUUCUGUAACAAUAUAUUUUUGUAAGGCAGAGAUGAUUGCUCCAGGCAUUGAUAGAACCUACAGUGAUGGAGUAAAAAGUGUUGGAUUUAACGUAGUAUAUGGAGAUGAAGAUUUGACGAUGAUCAAUGAGGUAGUCAGUGAAGUGGAGAAGUCUAACGCGCUGAAGAGCAGAGUUAAUAUAAAUGAAGCUCUACCGCCGCUGCCUGCGCAAGAUGUAAAAUGUUUGAUGUCAGUCGACCGGUAUUGUUCCAGGGAUAUGAGGCAGAUGAAAGGUAUACUUAUUCAUGCUUUAAAAGACGAUUGCGCAAAAUGCACCCAGAAGGAGAAAGAAGAUGCGGGCAAAGUUGUAGCAUCUAUGCUCGCACAUGAUCCGGUUGCUUGGAAACUGUUUUUAACCAGGUCUGCCUUACAAAUAAAAGAAAAGAAACGUACUUCCAAACCGAAAGAAAUUAUACUUAAAGAAAAAGGCGACCCCGAAGAAAUAGUUUCCAAAAGUAAAUAUACAAUGUCUGGAUUUAAAGUGAGAGUUAAAAGAUACGCCGCUGAAAAAGUAUGAGUUACGACAAUAAAUUUAAUUAAUUUAAUUUCGUAUUAUAAUGUUACCUAAUUUAUUAUAUAAGACUGUUAGGGUUCUAAUCACAUAGAAAAAAAAUAUUAGUAAUGUUUUUAAAUAUAUUGAUUUAAUUGAAAUAUUUUUUCUAGACAUAUCGCACCCUUAUAAUUAAAGUGACUUGACUUAAAAUUAUAUAUUUUCUGAUUUUUCCUUUCAAAGCAUGUCCUUAUAGCCUUAUGAUGAGAAAAAGACAAAAUUAUAGAAUAGAAACAGAUUCUCUCUUUCGUCGCGACCGUCCAAUUUAUUGCAUUUUAUGAUAUUUUUAAAUCUUUUUUAUUUGUUUCCCGCAAAGCGUCUUGUUUGAGUUAGUUCACUUAGGUCUAAGGGUGCGAUAUAUGUGUAGAGCACUAUUUGUAUUGUAAUAUUUAAAUAAAACAAUAAACAUUA